GUGGCGGUUACCGAGGCAAUGGGGAGCGGGGGGACGCGCGUCCGGCGAUGGGGCCGAGCCCGAGGUUGGGGCUCGCCCGCCCAGUCCUGGCCUGGGGAACCGCCGAGGUGGCGGAGUGGGUGUCGGGGCUCGGCUUCCCUCAGUACCAGGAGUGCUUCAGAGCCAAUGGCAUCACCGGCCGCCGCCUCAUCCUGGUGAACUGCUCCAGCCUGCCAGCCCUGGGCAUCACAGACUUCGGACACAUGCAGGAGAUUUCACGACAUGUGCGGGAGUUGCUGGGGAUUGAGGAGCCUGUCUUCAGCAGAUCCAUUGCCCUCCCAUACAGAGACAACAUGGGUCUGUUCCUGGAACAAAAGUCUCGAUCUGGACAGAAAGCAGAUGCCCUCACUUUCUCACAGUUUGUCCAAGAAGCAGGCUUAGAGCCCCGUUCUACAUUUCCUCCUUUGCCACAGGCACAGACUGGGGUAGAAAUAGAUGCUCUCCUUUUAUCACAAAGCACACAGACUCAGGGUUAGAGUCACACUGCAGUUCCACCUGUGUAAGAAGCCCACCUGGGAGAGCAGUAUACACCCUUAUUAGCUUGCUAUUUGUCCAGGGUGAUAUAGUUUCACAUUUUUCACAUUAUAUAAAAGGCUCUUGGCAUUUUGAUGACAGCAAACACAUCCCUGCAUUGGCUCUUUUCUGUAAGAAUUUUUUGCAAUUCAUGUACUUCCAGGAACCAAAUGAAGCAAAACAUA